GCGUUUCGCCGCCACAGGAGCCCCGCAGGAGCGCCCGCCCCGCGGCCUCGCCUCCCCGCCUCCCCGCCGGCGCCUCGGGACGCGAUGAGGACCUGGGCUUGCCUGCUGCUCCUCGGCUGCGGAUACCUCGCCCAAGUCCUGGCCGAGGAACCCGGGAUCCCCCGCGACGUGCUGGACAGGCUCGCCCGCAGCCAGAUCCACAGCAUCCGGGACCUGCAGCGGCUCCUGGAGAUUGACUCCGUAGGGGCAGAGGAUGCUCCGGAGCCGAGCCUGAGAGCCCCCGGCGUCCACACGGCCAGGCAUGUGGCCGAGAAGCCGCCAGUGCCGGUGCCCGUUCGGAGGAAGCGUAGCAUCGAGGAAGCCAUUCCCGCCAUCUGCAAGACCAGGACGGUCAUUUACGAGAUACCUCGGAGUCAGGUGGACCCCACGUCGGCCAACUUCCUGAUCUGGCCGCCGUGCGUGGAGGUCAAGCGCUGCACCGGCUGCUGCAACACCAGCAGCAUCAAGUGCCAGCCCUCGCGGGUGCACCAUCGCAGCAUCAAGGUGGCCAAGGUGGAGUAUGUCAGAAAGAAGCCCAAGUUGAAAGAGGUCCAGGUGCGGCUGGAGGAGCACCUGGAGUGCGCGUGCGCGGCCUCGAGCGCGGGCCCGGAGCACCGCGAGGAGGAGGCAGGGACCCUCCUGCCCGCGCCUGGUGGCGUCCAUCCUCAGGGUUGCCUCAGAGCCCACGAUGGCUGCCAGAGCUCCAGAAAUCACAUGCAAGCCCUGGGCUGGAAGAAGAAGAUGUGAGGUGAGGGCCCCCCGGCGCCUCCUCCUGGGACACGGAUGUGCGUGGCGUGUUACAUUCCUGACCUGCUCUGUACGGUGCUUCCUUGCCAGCGUGCCGUCUUUGUUCUCCUCCGUGGAACACCGCCCGAGGACACUUGGGGGAACAAAGAGACAGUGACCGCGUCCAUGCGGGCAGCGGGCAGCCUCCUGGCAGAGCGCGGGGCAGACGGACUGCGGGCAGGGCCCCAGGUGCUUUAGCCGCCGCCGCGGGGCCGGGGAGCCGCGUGUGUCGACACAGACCCCUCCUGAGAGCCUUAAGUGGAUUUUUUACACCAUCGAGUGGUCGUCAGCCCCCUUUCUACUCGCUCUCCUCUCGUUUCCGUUUGUAACGACGCCGGUGGCACGGAGGCUGCUGUGGCUGGGACGCCCGCCGUCGGACGCAGACUAACGAGAUGUAUUAAAUAAACGUGCUACACCUGCCUAUGCACCACUCCCCGCCCGCGUCCGGCCUGCUGUGUCCCCGCCCGCGCCCCGCUGGGCACCGAGAGUCCCAGCUGGAGGAAACCGGCCCGGGAGCCAGCGUGGUGGACGGCGCGUGACCCCGGUGCAGGGCCCUGGCUGAGCUUAGGCCCGUGGGGGCCUGCUCUGGGGACACAGAGCCCGCCCUCUGUCUCCUGGCUGUGGGCGAUCAUGUCCCCACGUGGGCUUGCCGGGCGGUGGCCACUGUCCGGUGAGGCAGGCAGCAGCCGGGGCCCCCCGGGACCACGGAGACCCCUAGGAUCUGACCCUGUGUCGCUCGGAGCCUCGUCCUGUCACAGAAGAGUGGGGCCCGGCUGGGUCCCUGGCUCCUGCACCUCGGCGGAUGUACAGACAUUGGAGGGACAUGGCGCCAGCCCUGCUGUCUGGCGGUGGUGCUGGGCCGAGUUCGGCUCACGCCACCUCUGAGCCCGCCUUCCCCCCUUCCCCCCUUUAGUGAGCUAAGCUCCUGUGCAGGGCUCUGUCCCCACAUCUGUCUGUCCCGUGCGGGUGAGGGGAGCCUGCCAGCUGGGGCGCCCACAGCAGGUUGGUCCACAGCUGGACUGGCCUCAGCUGCUGCCCCCGGGCCUGUGAGCCUCCCGGCCUCCUCCCACGGCUCGGCUGUCGCCCCUGGGCCUCUGCACUCCAGCACCUGCGUCUGCCGAGUGGGCGUGGGGAGGGGCGGGGUGGCCUCUGAGCCUAUCCCCCACUCCUGGGCCCCAGCGAGCUGAGCCCCCGCCUGCAGGGCCCUGCCUGUGCCUCUGCGCCCACCUGGCCACCCUCCCCAGGUCCUGCCCUUGCCGGGCUGCUCCUCGGGCCUGGAGAGCCGCCGACUCCUGCAGCGCCGGCUUUGGCUGACGUCUGCCCCAGCCUGGUUCUGCAGCAUUCACUCCCGGGAUGGACAUGCCGGGGUCUCUCCUAUUUGCAGGGGGAGGGGCUCAUGCCCUUGGGGUGCCCUGGCACUGUGGGGAGGCAGCCUCUGUCUCCCCGGGCCCCCGUGCGGUUUCUGUGGCCACAUCGUGGUGGGGGCUGGCAGGGGGCUGUAGACAGCGCCCACUCUUCGGGUGUUUUCCAUGGGGCUCCCAGAGGAGUGGCGUCAGGAGCAGGUGCAGCCCCGGGAGAAGCGGGGACUCAUGGGCCCCGGGCUGGGGCUGUGGUGGUUCAGGGAGGAGGGUGCAGCUCGGGGUCCACACUGCCUGGGGAGGGUCUCGGGGUCGCACCGAGCCCGGGUAAGCACUCAGCCCCGUAGCUGUGCGUUCUCAUUUGGGCCAAGAUAUUGAGAUGAAAAUAAAGAGCACUGAU